CCACAGUAAGACACACACCCACUGGAAGACACACAAAUGAGUCAUUUUAACUGUACUUGAUAGCUACUGAGGCACUCAUAGUGUUCAAACUAUUCAAGAUAUAUUUGCGGAGAGGAAGCUAUCUGAGAAAUGCUGACCUCAACUCCAGAACAAGUUACUCUAACAGGAACAUCUGGUCUGGGUUUCGAAGCCCAUAAUGACUCAACCUUCCUGGACUCUGAGUUUCGUUAUGUCCUCUUCCCAGUUGUCUAUGGCAUCAUCUUCAUCCUGGGCCUCUUCGCCAACCUUUAUGUGCUGUUUGUCCUGCGCUGCCUCCGUGAGGCUAGGGCCAUGGGCGAAAUCCGCAUCUAUAUGACUAACUUGACCAUCGCUGAUCUCCUUUUUGUGUGUGCCCUUCCCUUCUGGGUUGGCUAUUAUAGUCGCCACGGCAACUGGGUCUACUCAGAUUUUAUGUGUCGGCUGACUGGCUCAUUCUUCUUCAUCAACACCUAUUGCUCCAUCCUCUUCCUCGGAGCCAUCAGCGUCAACCGAUACUGGGCAGUCACCCGGCCUCUGGAUGCAGCCUCUUCAGACCACAGGCGUCGUGGGAUCAUCGUGUGCGUUGUCAUCUGGGUGUUGACCAUGUUGAUGGCUAUUCCAUUUCUGGCAUCUCCAGGGACCAACACUGACGAGAACAACGUCACUCGCUGUUUUGAGGGGUACCAAAAUGGAACUGAUUCCCAGAAGAAAAUAGUUGCCGGUGCUGUGGACUGAAUUGCGUCAGUUCUUUUUCUCUUCCUGUGUGAACUUCAAACUGAAAAGCAGAAGUUUUGCCAUGCCAUCUGUUAUUUGGUGUUCAGAGUGGAGCUUCUCACUAGAUUGCACUCACACACUCAGCACACACAUUAAUAGGUAUACUUCCCGUGCCUGACAUUAUAUCAGUAAAAUAUAUGCUAUGAGAUUGUUGUCUCCCAUUAGAUACAUUACAGAUUUUAUGUAUCUUUGCCUGAACAACUUAUAUAUGGUAUUGUGAAAUCAGGGAACAGAAGUAAUAAUGCUUGAGGUCUUUCCCCUCUGGCAUGCAGUAUUGUGACAUAUCUCUCAUCAUAGAAAAUUCCAUGAUUCACUGUGACAAAGAAACUAAAAGCUUAUUAUUAUUUAGCUAUCAGGUGUAGAUAUACUUUAUACAGUAUUUUCUAUAUACUAUUAGCUGGUGUAACAAAUGUAUGAUGCAUUUUUUAUUAAAUGGAGCAGCUUUUGUUAUCUAGUAUUGGAAAAUAGUACUCAAUAAAGAAACCGUUUUUUAUUUUAA